AUGGUGACUAAAUCAUGGUUCCGAAAUUUAUGGACAUCUUCCAAGAAAUCCAAUUCCCAAGCACACAAAUCACAGAUUGCGGUUUUGGCAUUCGAAGCCGCUAGCCUUAUUACCAAACUCCUCCACCUAUGGCAAUCUCUCACCGACAAGCAAGUCGCGAGAUUAAGAGACGAAAUAACAAAUUCAGCCGGCAUCAAAAAGCUCGUCUCGGAAAACGACGACUACAUCGGCCGGUUAAUAUGCACGGAGAUGAUGGAGAAUUUAUCCCACGUGGCACGAGCUGUCUCCAGGCUGUCGAAAAAGUGCAACGACCCUCUCUUGAGGAGCUUCGAGCAGGCCUACAACAAUCUAAUAAAAAAAUGA